AGGGCGUGUUUGUUACGCCGGACUGGGCAGGUCAGGACAGGACCCAGUCCCAGUCCGGUGUUUGGAAAGUGAAAAUGGGAGGGGGACAGGUUUGUCCCGUAGAUCAUUUUAUCCCAAAUGAGGGGGAUAAAUCUGACCCAUCUGGAGACUGGGUCACUUUUGUCCCACCGAGCUCUCUUCGAAGCAUCUCUGGCCGCCCCCUUCGAAGCAUUGUCGAUCUCGCAUCACCAUCCCCUUCGAAGCAUCUGGCCGGUGAGCAUGUCUUCUUCUUCUGUUUCGGCAAUCUUCCAUCAUCAUCAUCUUGGCUUGAUUUGAUAUUCAGGAGGAAGAAGCUUGAUUUUGGAGGCAAACUACCCUUCGAAGCAUUUCUGGCCGGUGAGUUUAUCUUCUGCUGCAUCCUUCCUCUGUUUCAUCGAUCUGCCAUCAUCACCUGGAAGCAGCAGUAUAGCUCAAAGGAUUACGCAGAGGUUGGUGUGUUGACAAUUUUAAGCAGCAGUAUAGUACCUUAUCUGAUGCCAGUUGUAAUCCCUUUCAGAGAGUUUGAGCAGCAAAGGGAGCUCAGAGAGAGAGGUCUGCAGACUACAUGUGAUGAAUCUGCUGGUAGAAAAUUAUUUUCUGACGAUACCAUCAAUGCUCAGAUGGACAAGGAUCUUGAAAGAAGGGCCGCUACUGCAGAAGCAGCACUGAAAAGGGCACGCUUGAAUUACUCCAUUGCUGUAGACCAGUUGCAGAAGGACCUCGAAUUACUUUCUUCCCAGGUUCUGUCCAUGUAUGAAACUAAUGAGAACCUUAUUAAGCAAGCUUUUUCAGAAUGUUCCCUGCCAAGCUUUCCGGAGUAUGAAGAAAUGGCUCAGAAUCAGAAACUGGAUUCAAAGGAAAGUCAUGCUGCGAGACUGUUGCAGUGUCAGAAUCAAUUUCAUGAGGAAAAGAAACAAAAUUUAGAUGCGGAUAUAUUUUUGGAGGAUUUGAAAAGAUCUCUCUUCUUGCAGAAGGGACUUUACCAAAAGGUUGAAGAAGAAGUCUAUGAAGUGCAUUUAUUAAAUGUAUAUUUGGAUGUUUUCUCAAAAACUCUACAGGAAACUUUGCUUGAUGCAAGUGCUGACUUCAGGUUGAUGAAAGAUAAAAUUAAUAAGCUUACACAGCAGCUGGAGCUUUCAACUGAGUCCAAGGAAUUACUGAUGCUGAAGCUGCAGGAUGCUACAAUGAGGUUCACAAUCUCAAGGAAUACAAAAAUGCCUGUGAUACAAAAUGCAACAGCCUGGCUCUGCAUAAUCAAGCUUUAGAAGCAAAUUUACAAAAUGUCACUCAUGAAAAUUGUCUUCUGGAAACAGCAGCAUUGUCACAGGAAAAGGAAGCUCAAAUCAUGACCAUAAAGGAUAAAACUGAGGAAUCUGCCAAGCUAUCACUGGAGCUUAAUGGUUUGAAAUCAAGUUUGCAAUCAUUGCAUGAUGACUUACAAGCUGAAAGAAGUGUAAGAGAUAUGGCUCAAGUGUCCUUAAAUGCAGCACAAUCAGAUAAUCUUGUAAUUAAACAGAAAUUUGAAAAUGAUGUACAAAACAUUAUGGGUAAAAUAGAUAUGUCUAGUGUCCUCGUGCAAAAGCUUCAGUCAGAAGUUAAGACUAUUGCUAACAAACUCAAGAUUAGCUUUGAAGCUGAAGAACAUUAUGCACAGCAGCACAGAGAACUUCUAUCUGAUUGGACAAAAUCCAAUAUAUAUAUACUGAUGUCAUAUUUGUUAAAAGUGCAACUACAUGUGACAUUUAUUUAUAUAUCUAUAUAUCUAUAUGUAUGAAUUGAAGAUGGAUAUUUUUAUGCUA